AUGAGGGAGGCCAUCGAAGCCAUCGAGUGGCGGCGCCCACCGCCGCUGAGUCCCGCGCGAUCCGAGGGCCAGGUCGACGAAACGCGUCGCGGAGACGGCCGAUCGCGCGGGGCUGGAGGAGACGACGGAGGAGGAACGCGAGGCCCAGGAGGGGCUGGAGAAGGGGCCAUGGGAGUGGCCAACUCCGCCGGAGACGUCGCGGGACACGGCGCCACCCCCGAAGCUGGCGCGGCAGACUUCGUGCCCGGAGUCGCGAGCCCCACCGGCGAGGCCGACGCUGCGGAGACAGCAGUCGGAGGGCGCGGAACCAUGGGCGGAGGUUCCGGAGGCGGAUUGGCCGGCGCGGGUGGCCGAAGAAGCGCGACGGCAGCGAGGGAGGCACCGGAAGGCCAGAUGGGCCAAGCUCAUGCUGGACGGGGAGCAGCGCUACCGAGUCAAGGUAGCAGGGGGCCGGGUGCGGGUGUUUAA